AUGGAUCCAUUCUCCGGCGAAGGCGAACUCCUCAAUAUAACUACCGCAUUCUACACACAUGCCUACGAUGCCGUCCUUGCAUUUGACACCUCCUCUCUCUCCUCUGAAAACAAAACCACCGCCCAGAUCCUGAAGUAUCGUGCACAAAUAGCCGUGGGCGAUGCCUCAUCCGUCAUCUCCUCCCUCAAACAGUCGCAAGACGCCGCCUCGCGCUCAAUAGUGGCUCUGGCACAACACGCGGCUGGGAGCCACUCGACGGCACUCGAAACUGCACUAGCCCUCUCAGAGUCUGAUGCGGAGGAGGCCGUGGUUCAGAUCUGCUGCGGCACCGUCCUCGCAGCGGCCGGCGAAUAUGCGAAAGCCGUCGAUCUCCUGUCCAAACACCAAGGCUCCCUGGAAGCCGUGGCCAUACUGGUGCAGGUGCACCUGAUGCAAAACCGUACGGAUCUGGCCGUCAAGGAAGUGGCCGCGGCCAAACGCUGGGCACAGGAUUCGCUUCUCAUCAACCUCGCCGAAGCGUGGACGAAUCUGCGGGAAGGCGGCCAGGAGAAGUAUCAAUCAGCCUUCUACGUCUUCGAGGAAAUCGCAUCAACGCCGGGAAAUACAAGCCCGACGGCGCUGGUGGGGCAGGCUGUUUCCGAGAUACAUCUUGGGAGAUUGGAAGAGGCUGAGGCCGCGUUGCACCAGGCCGUGGGGAUGGCGAAUGCCGAUGUGCAAGCCAUUGCGAACAGUGUGGUGUUGGCAAGCAUUGUUGGGAAAAAGAGCGAGGAAGUGCAAGGACUCCUGCAGCAGUUACGAGAGAGAGACGCGGAGCAUGCGUUACUGAAAGAUCUGGAAGAGAAGAGUGUGCUCUUCGACGCCGCAGCGGCUAAGUACGGUGCCAAAGUUGCUGCAUAA